AUGCUGUGGACCCAGGCUUCUUUAAUUCUUUUUCUUCGUAUCAUUAUGCAUUUUUUAAAAUCAAAAUUCAUGGAAAGAAUCAUACAAGUCCCUAUGCCACUAUGCUAUAUGCCAAUCACUCAAAAUUCUUCUUUACCUAAAACAAGGUCUGUAUCUGUCAUGGAAAGAAACAUCAACAUUGAGAAUGAUGCUCAUCAUAACAAUUUGCUUAAUUCUUCUUCCGUCAUCUCUACCACCGCCACCUCCUCUUCCACUUCUUCUUCCUCCACAUUCUCGUUUUCGGGUUCUUCUCAUCGAAACAAGAAAACUUCAAAAAACAGUGUAGCUCCUAAAGGGUCGAAGAAAGCUGGAGACUUGGAAAAUGAUGAUGAGAACAAGAAAAGGCACAGGACUAGUGAUGAUGAUAGCAAACAUCCGACAUACCGUGGAGUACGAAUGCGAAGCUGGGGCAAAUGGGUGUCUGAAAUCCGAGAACCAAGGAAGAAAUCAAGAAUAUGGCUUGGAACAUACCCCACUGCAGAAAUGGCUGCUCGAGCCCAUGAUGUAGCCGCACUGGCCAUUAAAGGCCGCUCGGCUUACCUUAACUUCCCUGAACUUGCAAAGGAACUUCCACGCCCUGCUAGUACGUCUCCCAAGGACAUCCAGGCUGCUGCUUCGCAAGCAGCUGCCUCAACAUUUCCCGAGACAAGGCGAUGCUACGUUGAAGCUGAGGAUGAAGCUGAAGUUGGACCAAGCCAAGAAGAACUUCCUGUUUCACAUUUGUCGCACACUUCAGCAGCCUCAGUCAACAUGCAAGAAUCAUCAAGUUCACCCUCUAUCGAUGACGACGACACCGUGUUUGAUCUGCCUGAUCUCAUGAUUAAUUCCAUGGAUCGAAACGAUGGUUUUUGUGCUUAUUCUUCAACAUGGCAAAUAUGUGCAGUCGACGCUGGAUUCCGGAUUGAGGAGCCAUUCUCCUGGGAGUACUACUAGGAAAUAGAGAUCAUCAUUUCAGUACAUGGUCAAUAUUAGCUCUAACUUUCAAAACUUCACACAAUAAUCCUCUGCAUUCCCUGAGCAGAAGGAAACCAAUAAGGAAAUUAAACUUGCUUUCGAAUCGUGAAUUUGGUGGUUUCUUUUCUACUUUGGUUCUGAGAGGUACAAAAGGCAGUAGCGAUGUUCGCAGCUUUGUCUACAGUUGCUCAAAAAAAAUGAGAGAGAUAAAAGGGUUAAUCUCCACUGUAAAAUAUGAGCACGGGACAUAUAUAAACAAUUAAUAAAUGCCGAGUUUCUUCUUUGUGAGUGUAAUUCGUGCGUGUUAACUGUACUUCACUCCAACUUUGUUUUUAUAUUUUUGUUUAGCAAAAACAAGAAAUUAUUCUUAUGAACUUCACUGCUAAUAACUUUACAGCUAUAGUAGCCACCUUGCUAUA